AACCCAGGGGCGGGGUACUUCCGGUUUACUGCCGCGCGCCGUAUUUGGAGCGCAGAAGCGCGUUCUGAGUAAAUGCGCGUUCCCGCUGCACUUUCCUGCGGUGUUCUGCUUGCAGCGCGCACGCGGACGGAGAUGAGAUCGACAAGGCAGGGUGAAUUCCACUCUAGGAUGUACUGAUCCACCUCACAUCUGACCAAGUUCUCCACCAGGACAAGUAUAUUUGCUCGUCUCUUCUCUCCCUCGCUCUGUCGUCAUGGAGGCGCGAGGAAAGUUCGAGUUUAACGCCACGGCUGAGGAUGAGCUCAGCUUUCGAAAAGGAGACAUUCUGAAGAUUCUCAGCUCUCAGGAUGACUGGUUUAAAGCAGAAAUGCACGGACACGAAGGCUUCGUCCCCAAAAACUACGUAGACAGACAGACCCCCAGCUGGUACCAGGAGAGCGCCAGCCGAAGCUCUGCAGAGGAAAUUCUCAUGUCCCGGGAGGUGGGAGGUUUCCUGAUCCGCGGCAGUCAGAGCUCACCUGGAGAUUUCUCCAUCUCUGUCAGACACGAGUCUGAUGUGCAGCACUUUAAGGUGAUGAAGGACAGUAAGGGUAAUUAUUACCUGUGGAGUGAGAAGUUCACGUCCCUCAACAAGCUGGUGGAGUUCUACAAAACCUCAUCCAUCUCCAAACAGAAAGAGAUCUACCUGAGAGACGGGAGCCGAGAAGAACCGAGAGUUUCACCACCUCAUCCUUUACCUCGGCCCCAACCCUCAGCUCCGGCACAACGCAGACCAAUAGAGCAAACUCACCAUCAUCAGAGUAAACAUGGAAGUUUGGAGGCUCACAUGGGUCCAGGGAAGAACAGUCCUGUUAGUACCCUUCCUACACCCAGACGCUUUUCUGACAACAUGCCUGCACCGAGACCAGUGGUCCAGGUGAAGGCGCUGUAUGAUUUCAUAGCAGAGGAGGAGGAUGAGUUAGGUUUCAGUGCUGGUGACAUCAUUGAGGUUCUGGAUCGCUCUGAUGUUUCGUGGUGGAAAGGACGCCUGCAUGAGAACGUUGGACUUUUCCCUGCGAACUACACGGCUCCGAUUUAAUCGAGCUGGAGAACCGGUCCUCCAGCGUAGCUUCACAGAACGCUUUUUUCCUCUCUGAUCCCCAGGACAGGGGAACGAGCUUCACACCUCGUGUGAAUUCUUUGAUGUAUGUUUUGGACAUGAGGUACGAUUCUGUUUCCAUGGAGACGGGACACACGGACAGAGAGGCUUCUUCAUCCUCCUGCUUUCUCACUCAUUUAGUGUUCAUCACUGUUCCUCAGUCCUGCUCCUGUUUUCUGUCCUCACACUCACUCAGCUCUAAAUCAGCGUGAGACCCGAGUGAGACACACCAGCUGGAGGGACUUCAGGAGCAGGAUGGAGAAACAUUGUUUAGAACAUCUACAAACUUCUUAUUCUACACAUUUCAUUAUUACUGACAUCAGAACCGUGGACUUUUAUACAACUUUAUUCCUCCUGAAUAUUUUAUCCGAGUUGUUUUUAAUCCUCUCACUUGUUUUCCCUACAGUGUCGUUUUUAUACAACAGAUCAACUUCUUACGCUUGUAAAAUAAUCCUCAACAUCUUCUGAUAUCACUGCUGUUAGAACACAAUACUGUGGGAAAUCUUUCAAAUAGUCUGUAGGUCAGUCAUUUGUUUGCUGUAGGCAUUAAAAUAAAAUAAAAUAAAAAGGUGAAAUAAGUCCCAGA